AUGGGCUGCUUCAGCGAUAGCGAGACGGGCCCUCCAGAAGAGUCGGCGAAAUGGGACUUGAUCACACUGUCCGACUUUCGCUGCACCUCGGCAUGGACCAUCGUGGCCUACGUCUGGCUGUGGUGCCUGGCCAUGGUCGGUGUUGCAGUCUACGUCGUCGACACAUACACUGCCGUCAACUUGCUGGCCUUUGACGAAUGGACCUCUCAGGUCCAGCCCAAGCUCGACUUCAAGUACAGCAAGUGGAUCUUCGCAGUCUGUAUCCUGCUAUCUUGGGCCCUUUUCUUUUACGAGCUCAUCCGAGCCAUUCGCGUCAUUCGACGACGGGGCGUUGCGGAGAGCUUCCUGGAUCCUCUGGCCGUCAACAUCCAGAGCAUGCGACCGCGUGGCUUCAAGCGCUUCCUCGUCUUCACCGAGCUCACAAAGAGCAAAAAGGGCGCCGACUAUGUUGCCCUCUUCGUUUACUUCAACUUCAAGAGCCCCGUCCGCAUCAUCCUCGCCGAAGGCCCCCGUCAGGCUGUCAACGCCAUGACACUCUACGCACUCCUUACAGCCGAACUCAUCGGAAACGAAUCACAUGAACGGAACAACUUUGACCAAUUCUGGUGGAACGUCGAGCAGAUCGCGAACAAGGACAAGCGAGAGGCCAUCAUCUACUUCACCAUGCUGUUCACCUUUGUCAUCUACGUCUUCAGUGCCAUCUGCUUGAUCCUCUCCGCCAUACUGUACAUCUUCUUCCUGUGGCACUACAUCCCACACCGAGAUGGCCGGCUGAGCGUAUACUGCAAGCGUAAGAUUGAUCGAAGACUGGCGAAGAUUGUCGAGUACAAGGUCAAGGCCGCGAUCGAGGAAGAAGAGCGCAAGACACAAAAGGCGGAACGAAAGGCGGAGCUGAAGAGGCAGAAGACUGGCGAGAUGCCUCCACCGGUGGCGCCAUACCUCAAGAAACAGCCUACCCUUCCGAACCUUGGUGACUCGCCCGAGCUUGAGAAGAAGGGUGACACAAUGCCCGAGUUUCCACUUGCCAGGCAAAACACCUCCAACACCAUGGCUACGCUGCCGCCAUACUCGACAACCGACAACUCCGACAUGUCGCGACAGCCCACUUUCCCACAGAUCGAUGAUACCAACUACCGCCGACCAAUACCCACUCGAAACCCCACAGCAGCCUCGCAAUGGUCAGAGGCGCCCAGCUAUAGGUCAGAGACGUCCCUUCUGGCCAAUGCGGGUUAUGCUGGUGAUUCCGAAGACGUUCCCCUUCCUCCUUCAGCAGUCACGCGACAAGACUCAUACGCAUCUGUCAACGCACCCGUUCAUCGACCGAUGGGGUCGCAAAGCUCGAUGGGAUCUGUACGCUCUGGCCAGGUCAGACACUUUCCACCCGGUCCACCAGGCUCGCGAGCGCAACCGCCCGUGUCCGCCAACCCAUACGGACCAGGUCCCCAUAAUGGCCCGAUGUAUCCUCGGCAACCACCACAACCACGCAUUCCGCUACCAGUGCGGUCCAACACUGGCAUGUUCUACGAGCAGGACCCUAAUUCAUCUUCGACUUUCGCUUCGAGCCAGGACGGAUACCGAUCAUAUGGUCCUCCUGCACGCUCAAACACUGCAGACGGCUACCGUCAACCUCCACUUCAACAGAGCCAAAGCUCCUUCAGCGCACUUCACAGUCAGACCUCUUUCAGCAGGCCUAUGCCUCGUAAGCCUUCCAACCAAAGCUUCACACGCGCCUACACACCGGCAACUGUACCAGAAGACCAAUCUGCUUCACCGGACAGCUAUGAGAUGCUGCAAUCACCAUCUCAUACACUGCCACCACCACCUCCGCCGAAGGACAAUAGCCGCGUUGCCUUCCACCAAUCCGCACACAGUGCCACACAAGGACCUCACCGGAACAUCACAGUGACACACGGAGCCCCGGCAAGUGGCACCCGUGACUAUUUCGGUCAAGUAUCACAAGGCAUUCCACAGCGGAGCUUCACCGCGCCAAUCACGCCAGUGGAGCCACAACGCGCAAGCGUGGGCGACAUCCUCGACGGCUACGGCAGCUCUGAAGACGAAGGUAUCCAGAGGCCGCAGGCACCUCAUGCAGGUCCGCCACGAAGCAACACGGCAGGUCCUGGCAGCCACGGACAGUGGCAGGCUUAUUGA